UCUAGUUCCCUGAGUAGUUGAUAAAAAACGUCCCAGAAUGAGAGAAACUAAGAAACAAAAGGCACCUUCGGGUAAGAAACUCGCCAAUGGGACCCAACCAACGGUUAGCAACCCGAAGCAGGAAACGGCCGGUGGCAAUGCUGGUGUUUCGAGCAAGAUAUGGGACGACGAACGUUUCGCCCAUCUCAUCAACGAUCCCCGCUACCGUGGCAUGCCAAAAUCGAAGAAAAAGGUACAAAUCGAUAGCCGCUUCAAGGCGAUGUUUGAAGAUGGUCGGUUCACCGAACGAGCCACGGUGGAUCGUUACGGCCGGAAGCUGCGCCAGACUCAUAGCGACGAAAUGAAGAAAUUCUACGAACUGGAGGAAAGCGACGACGAGGAUGAGGAGAAGGCACAACGCGAACGGGAACUGGAAGAGCGCGCAAUGGAGGGCCGGAUGAAGGAGGAGGAAAAUGAAAAGGACACAAGUGGGUCAGACUCCGAAUCCACCGACGACUUGGAGCUGAAUGAGGAGGAGAAAAACUUGGAUAUACCGACCAAAAUAAAAAAGCGGCUGAAGAACCUGGAAAUAGAUUACGCCCGAGGAGAAGGCGUUCUCUUGACGGAGAGUUCUUCGGAUGAUGAUUCGGACGAGGGUUUUGAAGGGGCGGACGAUGACGAUGAAGUGUUCAUCGAGCACGUGUGGGGCGAAUUGGAUGCGGACGCGGAACGUACCGAAGACUCGACGAAACGGUUGGCCGUUUGUAACAUGGACUGGGAUCGGAUUCGGGCGGUGGAUAUUAUGGUUCUGUUAAACUCUUUCCUUACGCCGGGAUCGACCAUCAAGAGUGUUGCGAUCUACCCCUCCGAGUUUGGCAAAGAACGUAUGCAAGAAGAGGAAACACGGGGCCCACAAGAACUCACCUCGCGCGUUAUGGAGGACUCCGAAGAGGAAGCGGAUGGUGACGAAGAGUCCCAAAAAGAACGGUUGCGUGAGUAUCAGCUAAAUCGGCUGAAAUACUACUACGCCGUCGUGGAAUGCGAUACGGUCGAAACGGCGGACAAAAUCUACAAAGAGUGCGACGGUGUGGAGUACGAAAGUACGGCCAACAAAAUCGAUCUCCGUUUCAUCCCGGACGACAUGGAGUUCAACGAUGAGCCGAAAGAUCUCUGUUCCGAGCUGCCGGACAUGAGCAAAUACGUGCCGCGUAUCUUCACCACAUCCGCCCUGACGCAGGCAAAGGUCGAGCUGACGUGGGACGAAAACGAUCCGGAUCGGAAGGAGUUCAACGAAAAGAUCCGGGACGGCAAAUGGGCUCAGAUGCCCGAAUCGGAGCUGAAAAAGUAUGUCGUUUGUUCGAGCAGCGACGAAGAGGCGGAUGAAGAGGAGGGAAAGAAAAACGGAAAGACAAAGAAGCGGCCACUUGUGCUCCUCCGAGCCCCCGAAGCAAGCAGCGGUUCGGAUGAAGGGGCGAGUAGUGAAUCCGAUGGCGAACCGAAAGGACGUCGCAAGGAAGAGAUGAUAGCGAAAUAUAAAGCCCUACUGAAUGAGGUCAAGGAACAGUCGCGGAGUGACGAUAAGGUUGAGAUGGAGUUCACUUGGAAGGUGAAUGACGAUGGGAAAGAUAAGGGAGAAGCGGCCGAUAGCGAGCAGGAGGACGACGACAGUGACGGGGAGGGCCAGCAGCAUCAGCGUGGUCGGACCAAAUCGCUCCCGGAUGAUGUGAAUCCUUUCGAAAAGAUUUUACAAAAGAAAAAGGAAAAAGCCAAACGCCGAAAGGAACUCAAAAAGCGACGCAAACGUGGCCAACUGGAUGGUUCUGACGACGGGGAUGCUAAUGAAGACGACAGUUCAGACGACGAUACACCGUACGGGGUCGAUCUGAACGAUCCCUUCUUUGCCAGUGCGUUCGAUGAAAACGAAUUCGACCUUGGCAAGAAAAAGAAGAACAAAAAGAAGGACCGUGAGGCGAUACAACAGUCCAAGGAGCAGGAGGAACGGGAAGCCGCAGAGGAAGCGCGCCGUAAGGCCGAGCUGGAGCUGCUGUUGGACGACGGUGAGGACAAUCGGGCACACUUUAAUCUGCGCGCCAUCCAGGAGAGCGAGAUCGAUCUUAAGUCGGUCUCGAAAGCGAAACGUCGUCGUAUACUGAAAAAGAGCAAGCAGGAGAUCGAGGAGAAGCGCAACGCCAAGCAGGCGGUGACGGACGAUUUCGAGGUCAACGUGGAGGAUGACCGUUUUGGGGCCAUCUUCUCGAAGGCGGAGUACAACAUCGAUCCCACGAACCCGGCGUUCAAGAAAACGAAAGGUAUGGAUCGUUUGAUCGAACACAAACUGAAGAAACGCCGGCUGGCGGAAAACGAUAUGCCAGCGGAAGAUGGUGUGAUGGUUGCAUCACAGCAGGCUCCGGGGAAACAGAUGAAAAAGGAUGUGGCGACUACGAUGCUGGUGAAAAGUAUCAAACGAAAAAUUGGCAAGGCCACAUAGGGUGUAUAAUGUGUGUUAAUAAAAGCAAAUGUCAUCAAAAACAUGU